AGGGCUGUUGCCUAGAGCUAAAUAAGAAAGGAGAAAAGCUCCCUUUAGCCACCCCGUUGUUAGAGAGGACGGGGAUAGGAAAGGAAAGAUAGGCAAAACAUAUGAGAAGUUGUUAGACCCCUGUAUAAGCAAGAGAAUACUAGAAAAACACUAUGGGACAAACAUCCUCUGCAGAAAGGAAACUGUUUAUUGAUAUCAUCACGUGUAUGCUCAAAAAAAGGGGAACCGCAGUGACUAGAAGCCAAGUAGCUCGGUUUUUACAUUUUGUUCAGGAACAAUGCCCCUGGUUCCCAGAGGGAGGCUCAGUUAAUUUGGACAUAUGGAAAGCUGUGGGAGAACAGCUACAAAAAUAUUAUACUAGAUGUGGUCCUGAGGGGGUGCCUGUUGAUGCUUUUGCAUUAUGGAUGCUUAUCAGAGAUACUCUUGACCCAACUCCCGAUUCUGUUAAAGCAUUCCAAGUACUAGACAAUCCUGACUCUGACCCCACUUUAGAGGAGGAAGAAACACCUCUGCUUCAGAAACAUCCUUCUGUAGUGUCUACCCCUUCAGCCCCCUCCUUUGUUGGUCUAUCUAAUCCAAUCACGAAUGACACUCUGAGCCCGGAGGAGCAAGUCGAUCUAGAGGAGGAGGCUGCUAGAUAUCAUCAGGAUGAGGAUAUUGUUCUUCCUUUACGAAAGUUGCAAAUUGAGUCACAGCCUCCAAAGUAUGAGGUUAAAUCAUUGACCUUUACUCCUCGAAAUAGAGUACCUUUACCUCCCCCACCUCCUUCUCUGGCAGGAAAAUCAAAAAUCAAAGCAGCCUUAAAACAAGGCUUGUCUGAGGGGGACGUUACCCUCCCUUUGUGCUUUCCAGUACAUUAUAGCGGGGAAUUUGAUGAGGAUGCAGAAUGGACUCCUCUUUCUUAUAAAUUCCUCAAGGAGGUUAAAAAUGCCUGCAAAGAAUAUGGACCCCUGUCUCCAUAUACAUUGUCGUUAAUAGAUAUUCUGUCAACCAGCUGGAUGACUCCUUAUGAUUGGUAUCAGCUGGCAAAAACCUGCUUACCAGGGGGUAGUUUCUUGUUAUGGAAAAUGGAAAAGACCUGACCCAUUAAUCUCUUGUGGAAGAGGCUAUGCUUGUGUUUUCCCACAGGACGAAACUUCCCCUUUGUGGAUACCCGACAGACUCAUCAGACAUGCAAGACCCAAAAACCACCAAAAUUCCUCCAACACUUCCCCCCUCACUGCUCACAAACCUAACACCUCCCACGACUCUUCUGAGAAAUCUGUCUCUUGAAAAUGCUCCAUCUACACCCCCACCUUCGCCUGUCUCUAGUUCUCCCUCCUCUUCAUCUUCUACUCCACCCCCUCUCACUGACUUUAUACAACCCUCUACAAACCUCAACAACUCUUCAUCUCGAGACAAAGUGCGGUGGAGAAGCCGGAGAUAUAUUCCUUAUUCAAGAACCCAUCGAACCAUUGCGGCUGAGCCCCCAACUUGGGGCCAACUCAAAAAACUUACUCAUCUGGCUCACACCUUAACCGUGGAUCAACAUAUUCCCAUAAAUGCGGGUACUCUUUUUGUGGCUAUGCUCGCUAUCAUUUCCUGCCAGGUAUGUGUUGUUACGGCUGAUAUACAUUGGGCUUAUGUCCCAAAACCUCCUAUAUUUCACCCCGUCACCUGGGAAGAUCCUUCCCCCUCUGUAUUUACUAAUAAUUCUGCAUUACUGGGGGGCGAAACCAUAUUUUGGAACCCUCAAGGCUUUAAUUCUAAUUAUUCCUAUUCUGGUAUAUCAGAUAAUCCUCCUAUUUGUAUUCAAUUAAGAAAUUUGCAAAAAACUAUCCCUGGCUGUAUUCCUUUUGGCUUCAAAUCAAUGAUUACUGAUUCACCUAAUGGAAAUCAAAACCAACAGCCUUACAGAUUAUUAUGGGCUCUACGCCUCAUCCUUCCAGAAAAAACUGACUUUCUUAAAGGUAUCCCAAAAGUACACACUCCUCUUUUUCCUACCUGUGAUAAGUCGCCUCCUGAGGAUUCUAAGAGCAAUCAAGAUUGGGCUAUGAUUGACCCUUCAAAAGGAUUUCCUAUUUGGAGAAAUUGUAUGUAUAAUUCACAAGUUGUAUAUGCUUUGCCUGAAAUGUCUGCACGUCUUAUUGAUUGUAGUAUUUUAAAUCCUGAAGAUGAUUAUCGUCUAUUUUUACAAUCAGCUCGAUAUCGUUUUAAUUGGCAAGAUACCUUAGUCCCUCUCUCACAAAAAGUUAAUCGUUGGCAUAUAAAUGGAUGGGUUCCCCCUAUUCUUUCUACCUUCACGGGUAACAUACAUCCAUCUUUGUGGAGACUGGCAACUGCUGCCGGCAAUGUCACUUUGUCCCGUCCUUUUAAUAAUGACAGUUUUGAUAUUCAAGCUUGUGUACCUGCUCCAUAUGUGUUAUUAAUUAGCCGCAACAAUCACUCUAGUAUUGUUAUAGAAAACAAGAAAACACAUUAUGUUAGUUCUUGUGAAAAUUGUAUACUGACCAGUUGUAUAAAUCCUGCAAUUCCUGUCGAAAGUAUGAUGAUUUUACAACAGCCAAAAUAUAUUAUGAUUCCUGUACAUUUACAAGAAGAUUGGUAUGAUGAUUCAGGCCUAGAAGCCUUAAAACAAGCUUCUGCUAUUUUAUCUCGAGCCAAACGGUUUGUAGCAGCUUUAAUACUGGGGAUUUCCGCUCUCAUAGCUUUAGCAACUUCUCUUUCACUUUCUGCUAUGGCGUUAACACAACAGAUUCAUACGGCAAACUAUGUAGAUAAUUUAAGUAAAAAUAUUACUUUAGCCUUAGCCACACAAGAAGCCAUUGAUAGAAAAUUACAACAAGAAAUUAAUGCCCUUGAAGAAGCAAUUCUAUAUAUAGGACAAGAAAUCACUAAUCUCAAAGUGCGACUUACUUUGAGAUGCCAUUCAUCUUCCGAAUCUUAAAUCAAGCUAUCCAAAAGGUGGCUUCAGAUCUUCAUCUAGCGAAAUUAAAAAAUAAAAAAGGGGGAGAUGCUGGGAGCCAGGCUGCAAGGGCGGCCCCUCUGCACCCACUGCCCCCAGCAUAAACAUCAAAGAAUCCCUGAAAAGUCAGGAGGAGCCAGGCUGCAAGGGCGGCCCCUCUGCACCCACUGCCCCCAGCAUAAACAUCGAAGAAUUCCUGAAAAGUCAGGAAUAUCUCUGUCAUCUGUGUUCUGUUUCUGUUUCAUUUUCAGCCUGUGUAUAGCAGAAUGUAUAAGCAUAAAAUUCCAUUAUAGAUUUAGGGACCUUUGGAGGGGGGCGUCCUACUCAUAAUCCCCUGGUAAAAUCCCGGGCAGGGACAGCCCGUGUAUUACCUGGGGAUCAACAUGAAGUUGUCUUAGGGGAAAAACAAAUAGCUCGACUAUGGAAAACAAGAAUAGGAUGGUGAAAUCCUGGUAUUUACCGAGGCCCUUUUGUGAUUAAACCACCACCCACACAUGAUCCCAUAAAAGUGGAAAAACAAAAGGCAGUGAGUUCUCUCAGCCAAUUUCUCAGCCAAUUACAGGUCAACCUUCUCGUCUACCCCGCUCACUGCUGUGCUUGACUGGUCUUUGGGUAUAGAGAUUGGGCUAAUUGUCCUUGGCAUAAUCGUGGACAAUAUGACGUAACCCAAAGUGGCUGGACUUCAAGAACUUGACCACCCUGGACAAGAUGGACAAAGCCUAUGUGGCAAUGGUUUUGCAAAAAGAUUAAUUGUUAAAAAAACUGUGGAAGGUAUUGCAAGAUUAAGCAUAAGUGUAAAGCAGUGUGAAGUCAAUUGUUACUUUAAAUCAACUAAACAAAAACUCAUUGUAUUUGUGUGCGCACGCAGAACUGUACUAUGUGUCACUUGGAAAAUUAUGUCUCUGGGAAAUGAUGUUUAUGAUUAUAUCUUGUACUGCCCCUUUAUUGAUCAUGCGAUGUUAUGCUUUUGUAAGCUUAUGAUAUAAAAGACCAUGUAAAAAAUAAAGAGCAGAGCCUUCUUCUUCUGCAGAAUGAAAAUAUAA